UGCCUGGCUGGUGGUGCCACAACACACCAAAUGCCUUAUGGCUGUGGUUCAUUCCUGGGAGCUGGAGGAGCUCUUCCAUGUGAGGCUGCUGCUUGGAGUGAGAUCCUUCGAUGGGGAAACCGCAGGGAAAGAGGACAGAGUUCCCUCCCUCCCUGCCUGCCUGCUUCUCUGCUCUGGCGCCUCCCUUUCGCCUUGUCUUCUUCGGUUUCGCUUUCGUUUCUGAGCAGCCUCUCUUUCUGCAUUCCCCUCCCACAGCUCUUCCCUCUCGUCUCCAGCAAAGAGGAGCCAUGGCUGUUGGUGGGCACCCCUCGGCCAGGCUCCAGGACGAUGCCACUUGCUCCAUCUGCCUGGACUAUUUCCAGGACCCGGUGAUGAUCAUCGACUGCGGGCACAACUAUUGCCGGGCGUGCAUCUCGCAGUGCCAGGGGGAGAGGUCCCUUUGCCCCCGCUGCAGGAUCCCUUUCCCUUCGGACAAUCUCCUGCCCAACAGGGAUCUCCGGAAUCUGGUGGAGGCUAUCCGGCAGCUCAGCCUGCAGCCGCUUGAGAAGGCGGCCCGGCCAAAGCCGGCGGGGGGCGGCCCGAAGAUGUGCGAGAAGCACCAGGAAGCCGCCAAGCUCUUCUGCCAGGAAGACAAAGCCUUCCUCUGCCUGAUCUGCAGGGAGUCCCGAGCCCACAAAGCCCACACCGCGCUCCCCAUCGAAGAGGCUGCCCAAGAGUACCGGGAUCAAAUCCAGACUUUUUUGCAAAAACUGGCAAAAGAAAGAGAUGAACUACAGAGAGCAGUUGUGUACAAUAGGCACCAUUAUCAACAACUGAAGAGUAUUGUGGAAUCUGCCAAGCAGCGCAUUGGACCCAAUUUUCCAAAAAAAGAAUCCCAGACUUUGAUGCCCCUACUAAACACAUGUGAAGCAAAUCUGCAGAUAGUUACUGAAGCAUCCAAUGAUUUAUCCUGUCUUAAUACGCUGAUUACCGACAUAGAAGAGAAGUCUAAGCAGUCAUCCUUUGGACUCUUGCAGGGCAUUGGUGAUUUAUUGAACAGAUGUGAGCAGGAAACAAGAAGACCCAGACGUGAACUGAAAACAAUCCUUGAAUCCAUCGCUGAAAACAUGGAUCUGGUUAACACCAGGUUGGAUCAGUAUGCAGAAAACACGCCAAAGAAAAAAUGGAUAAAAGAAAAUGUGACGCUGGAUGCAAAAACAGCCCAUCCUCGGUACUUUGUGUCUGACGAUCGGAAAAGCGUACACUGGGCGAAGAGCCGCCAGGAUCUGCCAUACAGCUCCAAAAGAUUUGAGUUUGCCCGCUGUGUGCUUGGGAAGAAGGGAUUCACCUCUGGAAAACAUUAUUGGAUCGUGGAUGUAGAAGAUGGUGACUAUUGGGCGGUGGGCGUAGCCCAGGAAUCUGUGGACAGGGAUGGGGAGCUUGAUUUUGAGCCUGAUGAAGGAAUCUGGGCUAUGGCACGUUACGACGAUCAGUACAAAGCUCUUACUUCACCCCCUACUCUUCUAGAUCUAGACUAUGAUCCAAAAGAGAUCCAGGUCUCUUUGAACUAUGAUGCUGGAAUAGUGCAUUUCUAUGAUGAAGAUAAGAAACCCCUCUAUUCCUUCCGAUCAAUCGAUUUUGAAGGGGAGAAAGUCUUCCCUUUUUUCCGCAUUGGUGAUUCAUCCACAUCUUUGUACCUGCUCUAAAUUGUAAGGGCUGGAUGGCCCUCUUGGCCUCUUCUGCCAUGCAGGAACACAAAACUAAAGCAGCCCUGACAGAUAGCCAUUCAGCUUUGUUGAAGGUUGUAGAAAUAAAUAAAUAAAUAAAUAAAUAAAUAGAAGCUUUACUACAGUUUCUGAAUCAAGUUAAACCCUGCAGUAUAAUAAAAUGUCACUCAGGCUUGUGUAACAAGUAACAGUAUCUUUACUUCAGUUCAAAAGUUCAAACAGGGCAACAAGAUAUAUAGCAGACUUUCUGAAUUCACAAAGAAUAUAAGAAUAAACAGUCCCUUUAAAACAGUCUUUAAAUAUGCCUCAUAUGCCUUAUAAAUAUUCAGGCUUUGGAGAGUACGCCAGCCAUUUCCUUCUUGAUAAAUUUCCAGUUAGCUGCUCUCUUCCCUCUGCCAGAUGAAAGUGGCAGUUAAAACCAUUUGCCUCAGCACCAAGCUAGAGACAGCAGCCAACCAGAAUUCUGGCUCCUGACUGGCUCAGCCAAUCAGCUGUCGAUACAUGCCCUUUCCAGUUAACUCACGACAUCAUAGUGUCUCUUACAAAUCCUCACAAGCCUCAGCUUAAAAACUUCCAUAGAAGGAGUCUCCCAGGCAACAUAUUCCACUACUAAACAGCUCUUACCACCAGCAAGUUCUUCCUAAUGUUUAGGUGGAAUCUCUUUUUCCUGCAAUCUGAAUCUAUUGAUCCAUGUCCUAGUCUCCAGAAUAGCAUAAGACAAGCUUACCCCCUCCUCAAUGUGACAUCCUUUCAAAUAUUGAAGCAUGGCUAUUGGCUACCAUGCCCCACCUAGCUUUCUCUUCUCCAAGCUAAACAUACCCGACUCCCUAAGCUGCUCUUCUGUAAAGCUUGGGUUGUUUUUAUUUUGCUGGGCACCCAGAAUAUCAAAGUAGACGUCCAGAACAGGGCACAUCUAUUGAAUCUAUCUUGAGACAUGUGCAGAGACUGACACCUCCAUCCCAUGAUGAUGUCCCCAUUUUUCCCUUCAAAACAGAAGCAAGGUGCAUUAUACGUACUCUCUACAUCAUAACUCCAGGUCCUCAUGUGGGGACAUGAGAGAAACCUCCUACAAGGAUGGUAAAAACAUCAUACAUGCGGGCAUCCCCUGGGCAACGUCCUUGCAGAUGGACAAUUUUCUCAUGCCAGAAGUUAACUUACAGAUUCUCAAAUCGCUCUUGACACGAAAAAAUAUAUAUAAUCAAGUAUAGCAAAGUAGUAUUUAGUAGAUUUUGCUGGAAGAAAGCUUCUGUAUUAUGUAAGAAAAGUUUAUAGAGGAAGAAUGGAAUAUAAAUCCAAUACAUAAUUGUGGGGGGGGGGGGGUGACUAUAGCUGGAAAUAUAUCAAUUACAGUAGAGUCUCACUUAUCCAACAUAAACGGGCUGGCAGAACAUUGGAUAAGGGAAAUGUUGGAUAAUAAGGAGGGAUUAAGGAAAUGCCUAUUAAACAUCAAAUUAUGUUAUGAUUUUACAAAUUAAGCACAAAAACAUCAUGCUUUUAAAAAAUGGAUAGAAAAAGCAGUUCAGUACACAAUAACGUUAUGUAAUAAUUACUGUAUUUAUGAAUUUAGCACCAAAAUUUUGCAAUUUAUUGAAAAAUUGACUACAAAAACAUUGACUACUAAAACUGCAUUGGAUAAUGCAGAACCUUGGAUAAGCGGAGCUUGGAUAAGUAAGACUCUACUGUACAUGCAAACAAUACUUGACAAAGCAAUGAAAAAUGUAACCUACUAUGUAUGAAAUAUCAAAUGAUAUUAAAUUAAAUAAAAAAUUGAUUCAAAGCA